AUGCACCCGACAUUUGCUUGGGGAGCAUUGAAUCAGACUAUCGCCCUGUGGACGGGCGUGAUUCCCGCAAUUCUCUCGCUUACGGGGGCUGUGGUCGUUCUCGCUACUGCUGUCGCGAUAUGGCUUAAUCCCGCGACCAGGUCCAAUUUGAGGAGACAGAGUCUACAGAUGUUACUCUGCGUACAAGCAAUGAGCCUUAUAUACAGCUCGGCUUACUUGGUCCAAACGUUCAUCACCGGCCCGACGAAGUGGUGCGACGUCGUAACCAUAUUUACUCUUUUCGCUAGCAAUUUCAUUGAAUUUGUGGUCAUGCUUAUCCCCGUUAAUCUGCAACUGGUGCUUGUGCAUCAAGUAAAUACGGAUGGCUUCCUACGGUAUUACCUCCUAGCACCUUUGGGGGCGGCAAUAAUUACUGCGCUUCCAGGAGCUGUUCAAUCCGUCUGGGGUUGGGAUCCCGAAACACGCAUGUGUUGGAUAUAUAUCACCGAGCCGCACGUGCGCAUCUCCUGGCUGGUAGGCGCCUGGUACACAUGGCUCCUAAUCUCGAUGGUGGUUUCUACGGCGUCGGCAACGAUCGUGCUCCUCUAUCUAGUUUUCCACACCCGCAGCCGGAAUCGUGAACUAGCCAUUGGCGAAGGAAAUAGCGGCAUAACGAGCAAUAACGGGGUGAAUGUUAAACGAGUGGCAAGCAGGAUAAUGCUCUACCCACUUGUCCUCAUUACCGCGAACUGUGUCUCUGCCAUCGGCAACUUUACUAUAAUACGCGCGGGAGGAAUCAAAUCGGAAGGGACGUAUGUGCUCUGUGUGAUAUCAGGUAUCAUGUACGGCCUGGUCCCCGGUGCGUAUGCCCUCAUCGCCCUGUUUGUCGAUCCCUGCUUCUCUCGAGCACUGCGCGUCCUCUUAGCCCGGCGGACACCCGUGGAGAAGACGUCCACGGAAGGCAAGCCUCGCAUACAGAUUGAGAUUACCACGCAGGUGGUCAGCAAUAUUAUGGAUGCUGUUCACCGGAAAGAGACGCGCUUGGAGGGUCGGCAGUCGACGGAGAAAGCGAAAGAAGAGCGUCGCGAGGAGCAUCGAGUUGUUCAGAUUGUGCCCAUGGAACACAUGGCCGAAAGACUGUCUAAUGAGAGUGAAGGCUCGGAGACCCAGGAUAUGUACGCGGUGUUGGAGCUUGCUCGACUGUAG